ACAGGGAAACCACCUGUGGAGAAUCUGUUCUCGGAUCUGUGUGAUGGACGGCGUCUGCUGGAGCUGCUGGAGGGGCUCACAGGACAUGAGCUGGUGAGACUGGAGAAAGGCUUCACCCGCGUUCACUCGCUGAACAAUGUCAACCGGGCUCUGCAGAUCCUGCAGAAGAACAAUGUUGAUCUAGUGAAUAUUGGAGCGGCAGACAUCGUUGAUGGGAAUCACAAACUCAUUCUUGGGCUCAUCUGGAGCAUUAUUCUCCACUGGCAGGUAAAGGAUGUGAUGAAGGAUGUGAUGGCGGGCCUACAGCAGACCAACAGUGAGAAGAUUCUGCUGAGCUGGGUUCGUCAGAACACACAGCACUACCCUCAGGUCAAUGUGGUCAACUUCUCCAGUAGCUGGAAUGAUGGAUUGGCCUUCAAUGCCCUCAUCCACAGCCAUAGACCAGAGCUUUUUGAUUGGAGCUCAGUGGAGAAGAAGACGUCAGCGGUGGACCGACUGGAACAUGCCUUUAAUAAGGCUGCACAACACCUGGGCAUAGAGAGGCUGCUGGACCCGGAGGAUGUGGCGGUACCUGACCCUGACAAGAAGAGCAUCAUCAUGUACGUGACGUCACUCUUCCAGGUGUUUCCCCAAAGCAUUUCCAUGGAAGCCAUUCAGGAAGUGGAGUCGCUGCCACCAGCGCGCAGCAUGGCCCGUGUGACAACAGAAGAGCACUACCAGAUCCAGACACAACAGCGCUUCUCCCAACAGAUCACGGUGAGUGUGGCUCAGGGCCGUGUGCGGAGCCCCUCCCCUCAGCCUCGCUAUAAAAGCUAUGCCUACACCCAAGCUGCGUAUGUCAAGUCGCCAGAUCAAAAGAGGAGACGUUUUACUGAUCAGUUCCUGACUCCCAGCCAGGAGGAGCUACAACGGGGUCUUAGCCCUCUGCCGCCAGGUUCCAUCAGUCUUGAGAGUUACCAGGGUUCACUGGAAGAGGUAUUGACAUGGCUGCUGUCAGCUGAGGAUGGCCUCCACGCCCAGCCUCCCAUCUCCAGCCAUGUGGAGGAGGUGAAGGAGCAGUUUCACACCCAUGAAGGGUACAUGGUGGAGCUGACCACACACCAGGGCAGUGUGGGUCGUGUCCUCCGGGCAGGUGCUGCUCUGCUGGCAGAGGGAAACCUUAGCGAGGAGGAGGAGUCAGAGGUCAGGGAGCAGAUGAACCUCUUGAACUCCCGCUGGGAGCACCUGAGAGUGGCCAGCAUGGAGAGACAGAGCAGACUCCAUGAGGUCCUGAUGGAUCUGCAGAACCUUCAGCUUCAGCAGCUAACGGACUGGUUGGAUGUAACAGAGGCACGCAUCAAGAGGAUCGGAUCUCAGCCGCUUGGUCCUGAUCUCGAGGAUAUAAAGCACCAAGUGGAGGAACAUAAGCUCCUACAGGAGGACCUCGAGCUGGAGCAGGUGAGGGUGAACUCUUUGACCCAUAUGGUGGUGGUGGUUGACGAGAACAGCGGGGACAGUGCAACGGCUGCCUUGGAGACCAAGCUUCAGGUCCUUGGUGACCGCUGGGCCGCUAUUUGCAGAUGGACAGAAGAGCGCUGGCUUCUUCUUCAGGAGGUUCUUUUGAAAUGGCAGCACUUCACCAAUGAACAGUGUUUGUUUGACUCCUGGUUGACUGAAAAGGAGGAGUCGGUUCGUUCGAUUAAAACGUCCAACCUAAAGGACCAGACAGAGAUGGCUGCCUGCUUGCGUCGUCUUGCUACGAUGAAAGAAGAUCUUGAGGCAAAACAUCCCGCCAUGGAUAAACUGUGCUCCAUGAGCCAGGACCUGUUGUUCAGUGUCAAGAACAAGGAUGUGGCCAGCAAACUGGAGGCCAGACUGGACAGCUUUGCCCAACGUUGGGACCGUCUGGUCCAGAGUCUGGAUUUGAACCGCUCCCAGCUUUCAUCAGCUAUCACCACAACUAAGCAGACCGAGGUGCUCCAGUCUGUCACGACCACCGUUACCAAGGUGACGAGGGAAAAGGUGGCAGCUUUACGCCAAACUCGAGAGUCCCCGCCACCCCAAAAGAAGAGACAAGUGGUUGUGGAUUCUGAACUCAGGAAAAGGUUUGACGUCGACUUCACAGAGGUCCACAGCUACAUGACCCGUGGCGAGGCCAUCCUGCAGAGCCCCGAGUUCUCUGUGUCACGCAAGGAGGGGAGCAUUCAGGAGCUGCAUGACAAAGUGCAGGCCAUAGACAGAGAGCGGCCAGAGAAGUACAGAAAGCUCCAGGAGGCGACGCGCACGGCGCAGACCCUUGUCGAGCAAGAGGGCAGUCGUGCUGAUGACAUUGCUCAGGCAGCAGAUCAGCUGAACCAGCGCUGGGUGGGUUUCUGCACUCUGUUGGCAGAAAGGCUGGCAUGGUUGGCUUACCAGACAAAGGUGUUGGCCUUCUACAGCUUGUACGAGCAGUGCGAGCAGGCGGUGGACAGCAGUGAGAACUGGCUCAAAGUUCAGGCACCUCCAGCAUCUGAGCCCGAACCUCUCAAAGUACAGCUGGAUCGAUGUCGGGAAGAGAUAGCUCGCCUGUCGUCCCUGCAGCCCCAAGUAGACCUCCUUGAGACACGGCUGAACGAGCUGAAAGAGGAAAAAGAAGGGGACGAGGACCCUUCAGCCUUCCCGGAUGCCGACAUCACUGCCUUCAAAGAACACUAUAACAAGGUCCUGGAGGACCUGCGGGCAAGAGAGAGGCAGCUACAACUGGUUCUGGAAAGCCUGCCCCCAGCUCGAUAUAAGGAGACCAUAUCAGCACUGUUAGCGUGGAUACAACAGUGCGAAGCCAAACUGUCCAUCCCAUCGACAUCUGUUACGGAGUAUCCUAUUAUGGAGGAGAGGCUGAAUGAAAUUCAGGCUCUCCAAGUGGCUCUGGCUGAACACCAGGGAGAGGUGGACUACCUGACGUCAGUUGCGGAGCAGGUCUUCCAGAAAGCUCCACCAGACAUUAGCCAAAAGUAUCGCUCCGAGAUUGACGCCAUCAUGGCCCGUUGGAGACGACUGGGCUCCACUUUAACAGACAAUGCCCAGAGAAUCCAGGAACUCAUGGCCAAACUGAUGCAGUUUGAGAAUGAUGUGAAGACUUUAAAGAAGUGGAUGGCGGAUGUGGAUGUCUUUCUGAAUGAGGAAUGGCCGGCUCUUGGAGACUCUGAAGCACUGGAGAAACAGUUAGAGCAGUGCACAGCACUGGUAAAUGACAUCCACACCAUCCAACCCAGUGUCAGUGGAAUCAACGAGGUGGGCCAGUACCUCAAGAAAGAGGCAGAGCCACCGUUUGCCAUUCACAUCCAAAAAGAACUGGAUGAACUCAACGCUCAGUGGGAGAACAUCUGCAAACAGGCCUACGCAAAGAAGUCGGCUCUGAAAGGAGGCCUUGAUAAGACCAUGGCAUUGAGGAAGGAGAUGCAGGAGAUGCAAGAAUGGAUCAACCAGGCCGAAGAAGAUUAUCUGGAAAGAGACUUCACAUACAAGACCCCUGAAGAGCUACGCAAGGCUGUCGAGGAACUCAAGAGGGCCCAGGAGGAGGUCCACUCCAAAGAGCUCAAGGUCAAACUCCUGACUGACAGUGUGAACAGCUUCAUCGGUAAGGCCCCGCCCACCGCCCAUGAUGCUCUGCGCUCGGAGCUGGAUGUACUGACGGCCAACUACCAGCGCUUGUGUAGUCGACUCGAUGGGAAGUGUAAAACUCUUGAGGAGGUUUGGGCUUGCUGGUGCGAGCUGCUGUCUUACUUAGAACAGGAAAAUGCCUUCCUGGAUCAGCUGGAGCAGAAGCUGGAUGAAACUGAUAACUUGGAAGGGAGAGCUGAGGAGCUGCAGGAAGCUCUCGAUAGCCUCGAGAUUCUUCUGCAGCACCCAGAAGACAACAGGAACCAGAUCCGAGAACUGGCCCAGACGUUGAUGGAUGGUGGAGUUCUGGAUGAAUUGAUCCAGCAGAAACUAGAUGCAUUCAACAUUCGAUGGGAUGAGCUUAUGGCAAGGGCAGCGCUGAGGCAGAAGGAGCUGGAGAAAAGUGUCCAGCUUGUACAGGAGAAUGACAAACUGCUCAGAGGCAUCCAGGAGUCCUUAGCCAACACAGAUCGCCACCUCACAGCUUACCUGUCUGACCACAUUGAUGCCCAGCAGAUACCUCAGGAAGCUCAGAAAAUUCAGAAUGAGUUGAAUGGCCAUGAAGCGACCCUGGUGGACAUGAGGAAGAAGAACCAGGACAAAGACGCCUCACAGAAGCUCAUGGGACAGAUUGACAACACCCAGAAAAUGCUCGCAGACGUCUGGACCAAAUUCCGUCUCUUCCAGAAACCAGCCAACUUUGACGCUCGGCUGACCGAGUGCGAACGUGUGCUUCAGGGGGUCAAAAGUCAGGUGGGGUUGCUGGACAUCCGCAGUGUGGAGCAGGACGUGGUACAGUCGCAGCUGGAGCAGUGCAUGAAACUGUAUAAGGUACUGAGUGAAGUGAAAGGGGAAGUGGAAACGGUGAUUAAAACAGGUAGACAGAUUGUUCAGAGACAGCAGACCGAACAACCCAAAGAGAUGGACGACAGAGUAACUGCCCUGAAGCUGCUCUACAACCAGUUGGGAGCACAGGUGACAGAGAGUAAACUGGAGCUGGAGAAAAGUCUCAAGUUGUCGAGAAAGUUGCGAAAGGAGCUGAACGGGCUGACAGAGUGGCUCGCCGCCACUGAUGCUGAACUGACCAGGCGCUCUGCCGUGGAAGGCAUGCCCAGUGACCUGGAGGCUGAGGUGGCGUGGGCACAGUCCAUCCACGUUGAGAUAGAGCGACAUCAGCCUCAGUUGCAGGCAGUUGUGGAGCUUGCGGAGGCCCUUAAAGCUGUCCUGCGGGGCAAUGGGGGUCUGGUGGACGACAAAGUCAGCCUGUUGCACUGCAACUGGAUUGCAGUCACGUCAAGAGCUGAAGAAUGGCUCAACCUGCUGCUGGACUACCAGCAGCAGAUGCAGAAGUUAGAUGAACAGAUAAAGGAAGUGAAUGAAUGGAUUGAUGGAGCUGAGAUUAAGAUGGAUGAGAUUGACAGUCAAGGACCCAAUGAUGCUGUGCUGAAGGUGUUGCGUGCAGAGCUGGAGAUGAACAAAGGGAAGAUGGAGGAGGUGAGAGCUUUGGCUCACGAGCUCAUGUCCACCAGAGGGGAGAACUGCCAGGCCCAGGUGGGACCUAAAGUGGAGCAGCUUAACAUGAGAUUUGACAUCAUCUCUCAACGCAUCGCUUCUGGACAGACGGCAGCGUCAGCCAGGGAGCUGGAGCAGUACCACAAGGAAGUCCAGGUCUGGCUGGAGCUGCUGGAGGAGGAGGCCAAACAGGGGGAAAACCUAAAAGAAGAGGACUUCCAGGAGGACAAGAACUGUGAGGAAGGUGCUGUGAAGGAGUUACUAUUGAAGGGAGAGAGUCUACAGAAGAGAGCCCCGGACCAAGACAAGAGAGAGCAGAUCAGACUGAAACACAACCAGCUCAACAGCAAGUACAACUCUGUUAAGGACCUGCGUAUCCUGAGGAAUAGAAAGGCUCUGGCCAUCGCCCCCCAGUGGUACCAGUACAGAAGGAAGUCACAUGACCUGCUUGCCUGGUUAAAUGAUAUCCAACGCAGCGUGGAGCAACUUCCUGACCCCCCCGAAGGAGAGAGGGUCAAGGAAAUUGGCUCAGAGUUCGACAAGAAGAAGGAGGAGCUUAAGGAGUUGCAGGGCUUAGCCAAUCAGCUCUCAGAGGCUGGAGCCGCCAAUCUAGUGGAGCCCCGCCAACUCCAUCUCAACACACACUGGGUUGAGGUGGAGGGCAAGUUCAUACGCUUCAAAAGACGAUGUGAGUAUCUAACGGAGCUCCAGGCACUGCUGCGUUCAGUGUCGGAGACAGACUUCAAGCUGAACUCUCCUGAAUACUGGCCUGCAGCGUAUUAUAACCUGCCCCAGCAAGAGCUCUGCCUGAAGGAAGUGAAGGAAAACAUUGACAAACUAGAAGGACCCUUGGAGACAGCACUAGUCCACAAAGAGGAGAUGGUGUUAGCUGCUCGGCCUUUGGAAGGCCAAAGGAUCCAAGAGACCGCUGUCCUCCUCAGUACUAACUGGGACAAACUAAACAAACUCUACAAGGACAGACUCAAGCGUUGGCAGGAUUGCAGCUCCAAGUGGCAGAAGUUUGUUUCAGAUCACAAGACUCUGGAGGAGUGGCUGAAUAACGCCGAGAGCACUUUGAAACUGUCAGAGUCUGAGCCAGCAGCGCACAGACAGCAUCUCAGGGACCUGGUGGAGGCUAUGCCAUUCCAGGAAGUGGUGCUGGGAAGAGUGAACUCUGCAGGGGAGGAUAUCAGCCAGAUGAGCACGCCAGAUGAUGCCCUGCGCCUCAGAUCGCAGCUUAAAUUAUUAAACGCUCACUGGGCCGACGUCUGCUAUCAGCUUAAGGAGCGCAAAAGGAGAUCAUCUGAGGCCAGAACAGCAGCUUCACAGCUUGAAGAGGACAUGGGCUCCAUGCUGGGUUGGUUGGAUAAAGCAGAGUGUGUCCUGGCCAUCCCUCUGCAACCUCCAGAACCACAACAUAUCAGAGAGACUCUGAGCAAAGUCCAGGUACGUGUAGAGGAGCUUCCUGCUAAAAAAGCAGUAGUGGAAGAUCUGAACUCCAAGCAAAAACUAAUUCCCGCUGACAAACAGAGAGACGUCAGGCGCAUCAACACUCGCUGGUCUCAGGUGUCCAAGGCUCUGCCUGAGCGUCAACUGGAAAUUGAAGCUCUACUAAAGGAGCUUGGGAAUCUUCAGGGUCAACUGGAUGACCUGUCUGCCUGGGCAUCAAACACCAGAGCUAAACUCGAGCAAAAUCCAGAUGAGCCACCAGCCAAACUGGUUGAAGAAGUACAUGUCAAGCAGCCUGAAGUGGAGUUUGUUUUGGAGAGAGCUAACCAGCUGUUUAAGGACACCCCUCCAGGCCACGUGGACAAGGUGAAAUACGGAAAGCUAAGGAAAGAUUGGACAGUUAUCCUGGAGUUGCUGCGGCAGCAUAAGGAGAGGAUAGCUGCUGCGUUUCAAGCCAAAAAAGCCUAUGAAACUCCAUUAGAAAGUUGCCAGCCUGAAUCUGCGGCUGUAGCUCAAUUCAACAAAUCCUGGGCUGAGCUCGCCGACUGGCUGACCAUGCUGGAUAACAUGGUUCAGAACAAGCAAGUGGUGGUGGCUGAUCUGGACGACAUCAAUGAAAAUAUUGGCCAACUGAAGGCAUCUCUGCAAGAGCUUGACCAGCGUCGCCCCCUACUGGAAAAACAAGUCACAACAGCUCAAAAUCUAAAGAACAAAACCAGCAAUCAGGAGACGCGCAACGUUAUUACGGAACGCAUUGACAGGCUUCAGACUCACUGGGAAGACUCUCAGACCAAACUGUCCGAUAGGCUGAAGCAAAUCCUCAACAUGCUGCAGGACUCCACAAACUGGCUGGAUGCCAAAAGGGAGGUGGAUCGUCUCAUCCAACAGGCCAGUGAAAGGCUCGAAUCGUGGCAGGAGAUCACGUACACCGUGGACGCUCUGAGGAAGCAACACGCCGAUCUGAGGCUCUUUACAAAGGACCUGAAGCAGUGGCAGGGACAGGUGUUUGAAACUAAAGCACUGGCCAAUAAACUGCUGGCACUGUAUGCCAAUGACGACACCCACAAAGUCACACAAGUUGAUGACAACAUCAUGACCACAUGGGCGCACAUUAACAAACGUGUUUCCGAUAGGGAGGCAGCAGUAGAAUCCGCCCUGAAGCUGCUGCAGCAAUUCUACUUCGAUCUGGAGAAGUUCCUCAACUGGCUGACGGAGGCAGAGACAACCUGCAAUGUUUUAAUAGAUGCCACUAACAAGGAGAGAGUGCACGAGCAGCCUGAGGCGGCCAGGAAACUGCUGGCACAGUGGAAGGACCUCCAGGGAGAAAUCGACAAUCAUGAAGAUCUGUAUCACUCCUUGGAUGAGAACGGGCAGAGGAUUCUGGCCUCGCUGAAGGACUCUGAAGACCGGGUUCUGCUCCAGAGACGUCUGGACAACAUGAGGCAGCGCUGGAGUGACCUGCGCACCAAGACACUUGCCAUGAGAUCUCAACUUGACUCAGACAUGGCACCCUGGAAGAGGCUCCACAUGUCCCUGCAGGAGCUGCUAAACUGGCUGAGGCUGAAGAGUCAGCAGCUGGAGCAGGAGAAGCCUGUAGGGGGCGACGUUCCCUCUGUGCAGAUCCAGCAGGACACACACAGAGGUUUCAAAAUGGACCUUAGAGCUAAGGAGCCAGUUGUGGCCAAGACUAUUGACGAUGUGGGACUCUUUUUGUCUGAGCUGCCUAGAGAGACACCGUCACCUGAGCAUAGAGCCUUAGAUAUAAGCCCAGAGGAGCGUGCUCAGAAUGUGGGUCGAAUUGUGCGCAAAGAAGCAGAUGAUGUGAUGACCAAGUGGGACAGUCUCAAAUACAACUCAGCUGAUUGGCAGAGGCAGCUGGAAUUGGCUCUGGAAAGGCUGUUGGAGCUUCAGGAGGCAGAAGAUCUGUUGGACACCCAGUUGAGGCAGGCAGAGAUGGUCAAAGAGGCCUGGGAACCAGUGGGAGAACAGCUGAUUGACUCCUUGCCCGAACACAUCGACAGAGUCAAGGAGUUCCAGGAAGAAAUUGCUCUGAUAAAGGAUGAUGUAAUGCACAUGAACCAGUUGGCAGCCACUUUCGAACCGUCUGACAUCCAGCUGUCACCUAGCAACCUGGAGCGCAUUGAAGACCUCAACACACGCUGGAGACUGCUUCAGAUCUCCGUCAAAGAACAUUUGAAACAGCUUACUGAUGCUCACAGGGACUUUGGACUUCCGCAUGCAUCUGUAGAAAGCCCAUUUAAGCAGGGCAUCUCUCCAAACAAUGUGCCCUAUUACAUCAACCACCAGACCCAGACAACAUGCUGGGACCAUCCCAAGAUGACCGAGCUCUACCAAUCUCUGGCCGACCUGAACAACGUUCGGUUCUCCGCCUACCGCACAGCCAUGAAGCUCAGACGCCUGCAGAAAGCACUCUGCCUGGACCUGCUGAGCAUGCCGGCAGCGUGCGAGGUGUUCGAACAGCACAGUUUGAAGCAGAACGAGCAGCUGCUGGACAUCUCCCAGCUGGUCAGCUGUCUGACCAGUUUGUAUCAGCGGCUGGAGCAGAGCCACGCCCACCUGGUCAACGUCCCGCUGAGCGUAGACAUGUGCCUCAACUGGCUGCUCAACGUCUACGACACUGGGCGCACUGGAAAGAUCCGGACUCUGUCGUUCAAAACUGGAGUCAUCUCGCUUUGCAAGGCUCACCUGGAAGAUAAAUACAGAUUCUUGUUCCGGCAGGUUGCCAGCCCAACCGGCUUUUGCGACCAGCGCCGCCUGGGUCUUCUCCUCUAUGACUCCAUCCAGAUUCCUCGGCAGCUCGGCGAGGUCGCAUCUUUUGGCGGCUCCAAUAUCGAGCCGUCCGUCCGCAGCUGCUUUCAGUUUGCCAACAACAAACCGGAGCUCGAGGCAGCCAUGUUCCUGGACUGGAUGCGUCUGGAGCCCCAGUCCAUGGUGUGGUUACCCGUCCUGCAUCGUGUCGCAGCCGCCGAAACCGCCAAGCACCAGGCCAAGUGCAACAUCUGUAAGGAGUGUCCCAUCAUCGGCUUCAGAUAUCGGAGUCUGAAACAUUUCAACUAUGACAUUUGCCAAAGCUGCUUCUUCUCUGGUCGUGUUGCCAAGGGCCACAAGAUGCAAUACCCCAUGGUUGAAUACUGCACUCCGACCACAUCUGGGGAGGAUGUCAGGGAUUUCGCCAAGGUGCUGAAGAACAAGUUCAGGACUAAGAGAUAUUUUGCCAAACACCCGCGCAUGGGCUACCUCCCUGUCCAGACCAUCCUGGAAGGAGACAACAUGGAAACUCCUGUUACUUUGAUCAACUUCUGGCCUGUAGACCAUGCGCCCGGAUCAUCUCCUCAGCUCUCACAUGACGACACACACUCUCGGAUCGAGCACUAUGCUAACCGGUUAGCUGAAAUGGAGAAUCGUAAUGGCUCUUAUCUGAAUGACAAUAUCUCACCCAAUGAGAGCAUCGAUGACGAGCACAUGUUGAUCCAGCACUACUGCCAGUCUCUGAACCAAGGCUCUCCUCUCAGUCAGCCCCGCAGCCCCGCCCAAAUCCUCAUCUCCAUGGAAACGGAGGAAAAGGGAGAGCUGGAGAGGGUCCUUGGUGACCUGGAGCAGGAGAACAGAAAGUUACAAGCCGAGUACGAUCGUCUGAAAAAGGCCCAUGACAGGAAGGGUCUGUCCCCAUUGCCUUCGCCCCCUGAAAUGCUCCCAGUGUCGCCGCAGAGCGCACGAGACGCUGAGCUCAUUGCAGAGGCCAAACUACUGCGGCAACAUAAAGGGCGUUUGGAGGCCCGCAUGCAGAUCCUGGAAGACCACAACAAACAGCUGGAGUCCCAACUGCACAGACUGAGGCAGCUGCUAGAACAGACGGAUUCCAAGGUGAACGGUACGACUCUGUCCUCUCCUUCCACCUCCUCUCAGCGCUCCGACUCCUCCCUACCUCUCCUCCGUGUGGCUGCCAGCCAAACUACUGAUACAAUGGGUGAUGAUGAGCUGUCCAGCCCGUCCCAAGAUGCAUCUGGUUUGGAGGAAGUGAUGGAACAGCUCAACAACACUUUUCCCCACAGCCAAGGUCCCCACAUCAGCAGUUUGUUCCACAUGGCCGACGAUCUGGGACGCGCCAUGGAGUCACUGGUCAGCGCCAUGACUGAUGAGCAGAGCACCCAUCAGCAGCGGGCUCCACCUUUUUGAUCCCGUCCACCCCCCCCCGAACCUACAUAUCGCAUGUUUUUUCUAGUCAAAACAACUGGAUCGAAACUGUUUACACAGAGAAUAUAACGUCUAUUUUUGUGAAGGAUUGCAGUUGAAUCAACAAGUACAAAAAAAUAUAUAUAUACUAAGAUAAUUUUCUGUAGUUUCUUAAAACGUCCUGAAGUUGUUGGUUUUUAAUCUUCUAUGCAACUGUAUAAAACGAGUGGUGUGGGGAAACAAAGGUACACGUUUGUCCUCAGACCUGGGUUUGUCUUUCUAACUGGAGAAAACUGAAGCAUUUCUCACAAAUAACUUUUUUUUUUUUUUUUAAAGGUCAUCAUCUUUGUG